GCCUUUGCAGACUUCCUGAGAAAAAAUACCGAGCGUCCCUCGCCUUCGCCGGCGCGGCCUGAGAAAGAACUUUUCCCGCGUCGGGAGCCGCCGAAGUGUCCUGACUAGCUAUGAGGAUUCCCAACUAUUCCUUGAUGGGCCCUUUCAGAGGACAUAUGAGUAUUAAAAGCAGUCCCUUUUCUCCAAGUUCUUCCUGCAAACUCUCAAGUCAGUACAUUGUUCAAGAUCAUAUGGCUGUGCACUACAGAAAACUGCUUGCUGCCAAAGCUGCUGUUGAUUCAUCUGCUCCAAAGAGUUUGAACACAAGCAUUAAAUACAGAGACCAACAGAAAAGAGAGAAGCUUAUCAAAGCUGUUGACAAAUUCAAGAAAGAAAUAGCAUUGAUCCAUUCUACACCACCAUGCCAUUCUAGAAGUGUUCCCACUAAGAAUCACAAACGGUUACCAAAUCGCCUGAAUUUGGUUUCAAGAGGAAGAUCGUCUCCUUUGAGAAAAGAGGAGGAGCAGCCUAUUCGAGAUUCAAUCUUAUCUCGUACAUACAGAAGUGCAGUCCAGCCAUGUCCUUUACCUUUUUCCUUGUCUCCUGGGAAGUUGUGUCAGAUUCCCAAAAAGAAGAAAGCUACCAGUGGUGAUCUACUGGACACACAUGCUGAUUGGUUUACGGAAAGAAAGCAGCCUUUUACCCCAAAGCUCUUAAAAAGAGCAAGCAAAUCGUUUCUUUCAGAAUAUAGAUAUUAUAAUCAUCUGUGCAGGAAGAAAUGUCUUUCUCCUCAUACACAAUCACACAAAAGAUCAAAAAGUGUUUACAGGUCUACGGAUAACGAGAGUCUAAGAGCUUAUGCAGAUGACCAUCCAUGCCACCCACUCAAGAAACAUUCUGGGAACUCAGCUGCCAUUCAAACACUUCUUCGUGCAAAAAAUGAAGAGUUGAAGUACCUGCAGUUGCUUCAAGAAGUUACGAAUUAUAUUUUGCUUAGAAGUUGUUACUGGAAGAAGUCAUUAGGUGAUAUAAUUCGGAUGCAUAUUAUCAACAGGUGUGACCUUGAUGAGGUAAAAAUACAAAGAAUUUUUCAAGCCCUGGAGGAAGAUUUGAACAUUUACACUCAUCUGCCUGAUUCUUCUGAGUUACACUGCCUUGAAACAUGGGAAUAGUGCUUUAAUAUAAAUUAUACAUUGGCCUAUCUAUAGCCUUCUAAAGUAUUGUAUUCAAAGAAGAGUAAAGAUUUCAUAAUAAGCAUAGGAAGAAAUUUACUAUGCUGAAAGCAAUUUACAAUAAACCUUAAUUAAUCUGCUAAUACAAAUUAGACUUCUAAAUUCAUCUAGGCACAAGUAUUUUUGUAGUCUGUAUUUUAAUGAGGUUCUCAAUUCUUAUGAACACCAAUCCUUUUUGAUACACAAUUGUACUUAAAUUGUACUUAAAUAGCUCACAAUAAGAUACUUACAAACCUACUUCCCCUGAAAAGAGAAUUAGUACAGCAACUUCGAGACUUAGAGUUUUCUGUGUCUCUUUGCUGCCAUCUAUUGCUCCUCCAUAUUUUUGCAAUUCUGGAAUUGUAACUCAUGCAACUUAUCUUGAAAGAACAUAAAAGUUUAUUUGCUAUCUAAUGGUCUGUCCAAACUUUUGAAGUCUAGCAAUGUCAGCCCUGCCAGAACAACCAUCUCAGAUGUUAGAUUGUGAGAUCAAGUAAUAAAUGUAUAAUU